GCACGUAUAUUUCUCUGUGUGUGUGUGCGAGCGCGAGAGAGAAAGAGGGAGAGCGCGAGGCUUCGCGUUCGAUUAGAGCGCGCGGUCAGUCGGUGGCGAGAAGUUAGCUGCUUCGAACGUUAUUUUACUUAACCACAGUUGCGAUAUAAUACCGAACGGUGGGUACUACUCUCGAAAAAGGAGCAAAAUGGUCGAACACGUUCAGGACAAUGCAGAUUUGGAGAGGAAACUUGAAAAGGCUGGCUCGACCUUGGUCGUAAUUGACUUUUAUGCGAUAUGGUGCGGCCCUUGCAAAGCGAUCGGACCAAAGAUCGAAGAGUUAGCCAAGGAAAGAGAGGACGUUAUUUUCCUUAAAGUCAACGUAGAAGAAUGCGAAGAUAUUGUGAAUAAAUACAAAAUAACUAACAUGCCUACUUUCGUUUUCAUCAAGGAAGGCAAAGUGUUGGAAACAUUCUCCGGUGCUAAUUACGAGUUGUUGUUAAGCACGAUCCAAAUUCACAAAUAGACGAAAAUGAUAAAUCUUCAAAUGCGUUGUACUUUUAAGCAAAAUAAUUGCUAUUGCAUAGCAACGAUAUGCACGCACGAGUUACACGAAUGGUUUAUCAUAAUUUUUUAUUAACAGUAUUCUCCUUUAACGCAAUGCCCCCAAUGGCAUAAUUUAAAAAAAAAAAAAAAAAAAAAAGAUUUUUAUCGUAACACGUCAUAAUUUCUACCGUUUGUAUAAUCUGUUUUGCGAAAUAAAGUGUACUCGGCUUACAAUACGUA